AUGGCUUGUCGAUGGAACAUCCCCGGGGACUACGGACCAGGCUUCGAUAGCUGCAAGGGAGAUGAUGUGCCACGUCCCAUGGGCGAAUACAAGCUCGCGAAUGGUUCCAUCUUCACCUGGCAUCAAGACGAUGGAAAUCCGCCGCCGCCUGGAGUGCCCGGAAAAGUGAAAUCCUGCUCCAAAAUUGCACCUCCCGGAAGCCUUUACGCUGACGGCAGAGGAAAUCUGCCUUGA